UGGUACUAACUGCCGGUUGAGGGGGAGAGCGGCUGCGGCAGAGGACGAGUCUUCUUCUCACGCAGGUCGGACUUGUACCAAAAUGAGCGGCCUGGAUGGGGGCAACAAGCUCUCUCUCGGUAAUACCUGCGGCCUUGCUACUCCUGAACAUGCCGCAGGAGAUCCGGACCUAAACCAGGGCCUCCGCGAGGAAGCCGAGGUGACGCAGGCGAUGGCGGACACAGGUGGGAGCAGUUUGGAGACUGCUGCGGAGGGAGAUGCACCUCGGGAUGCCUCAAACUGUCGCCCCGCGCUCCGUAUCCGAGUUGCUGGGAGUCGCGGCGGAGCAGCUACCAAAGCGGGGCAGGAAGAUGCUCCGCCUCUCACGAAGGACCUGGAGGCUGCCUCAGUCUCCGUGGUAGCUGACAAUAGCCAGAAAAAUGGCUGUCAGCGCGGAGAGCCGCGCAUCCCUGCUGGGCAGAAGGCUCUAGAAGGCUGUGGCGCAGGGGAGUUGGGGUCCCAGGUGAUGCCUGGGGCGAAGGCCAAGGAAGUGACGACUAAAAAGUGCGCCACCUCAGCAGCAGCGGAAAAGGAGGGAGAAGCAGAGGCGGUGAUGAAGGAAAAGAAGAUGGUACAGAAGGAAAAAAAGGUGGGAGGAGGAGUGAAAGAGGAGACGCAGCCCAGGACCCCGAAGAUCAAUAACUGCAUGGACUCGCUGGAGGCCAUUGAUCAAGAGCUGUCCAACGUAAACGCCCAGGCUGACAGGGCCUUCCUUCAGCUGGAGCGCAAGUUUGGCCGGAUGCGAAGGCUCCACAUGCAGCGCAGGAGUUUCAUCAUCCAAAAUAUCCCAGGUUUCUGGGUCACGGCCUUUCGGAACCACGCCCAGCUCUCACCUAUGAUCAGUGGCCAAGAUGAAGACAUGAUGAGGUACAUGAUCAAUUUGGAAGUAGAGGAGCUUAAACACCCCAGAGCAGGCUGCAAAUUCAGGUUCAUCUUUCAGGGCAACCCCUACUUCCGAAAUGAAGGGCUUGUCAAGGAAUAUGAGCGCAGAUCCUCUGGCCGCGUGGUGUCUCUUUCCACUCCAAUCCGCUGGCAUCGUGGCCAAGAUCCCCAGGCCCAUAUUCACAGGAACCGGGAAGGGAACACUAUCCCCAGUUUCUUCAAUUGGUUCUCAGACCACAGCCUCCUAGAAUUCGACAGGGUUGCUGAGAUUAUCAAAGGGGAACUGUGGCCCAAUCCCCUGCAAUACUACCUGAUGGGUGAAGGGCCCCGCAGAGGACUUCGCGGCCCAGCAAGGCAGCCAGUGGAGAGCCCUAGGUCCUUCAGAUUCCAGUCCGGCUAACCUCUGCCCUUGUGAGAAGCUCCUGCGCAAGUUUCCUUACCAACUCCUUUUGGACCUAUGCUUGGCCAACAGCAUGCAGUCUUCUGUCUGCUUUCUCUUCAUACUGAAUUAUUUUGUCCUUUGGUUCUUCUAAAUCUUCAACAGUCAGUUGCAAGAUUGUCACUUACAUGCCUGUGCUCUUCCUCUGGGCCUUCAUGCUUUUCUGCAUCGUUGUCAGUAUGUUCCAAGUGCAUGGCCUGUUUUUAUGCCAAGCACAUGAUGCUGUAGAUAUGUACUGCCUGCCUUUGCAUGGCUUGGGACCAUAGUCUUCUCCCAGUUUUUUGAGUGGUUCUCUACCACAAGGAAGCUUGAUACAUCUUUACAAAUAGCUAGCUGGGCUUCAGACUUUAUGCUGGCUGUGCUCCUGUUACCCAUGUACUUAUGGCAAGCUCAUUGAGUUUCACCACUGCGAGAUGAAACUGAUAUCCCAACCCAGCCAUCAACCCAAACUGGACAUUCCAGGCUACCAUUAACUUGUUCCCAGCUGCUUCCCUGGGCCAUCCACCCUACUGGUUAUCAAGCAGGUGACUGGUGGGUGACUGCUAGGUAUGAAUGAGGUAACAGAAAAGAAGUGUUCUAUGUUAUCAUAUUGGUGUUCCUGUACCUUUGGUUACUCUGCAUCCUGACCAACUACUGGUGAGUAUGAAGGGCUAUGCUAUAGUCCACUCCUACUUGCUGUCACCUUCUGGUUGAGCUUUGCUCGGCCCACCAUUAUCUCCCUCCUAAGGAACCGUCUGUGGGCUUAAACUCCUAGGCAGGAAAACUAUAAACCCAAUUGGCUGUUAGGCAGGUUGGGCAGUAAUAUGUGACAGUGCCCAAAAAGCAAGGCUGGAACAGGGUGCCUUCCAGCAGUUAGCCCUUCUGAGCCUUAGCCAAGAAACCACCCUUAAGCUAGGCAGCUUUGUUAAGCAACCCCUCUUUCUCCCUCCUGCACCCACUCUGAAGAUGACAUAGUUGCCAGGCUGGGGGCACUGAGGGAGAGUGUUUUUGUAAUGUGGGGCUUGUUAUGCUUUUCUUUCCCCCGCAACUCCCCAACCUCCCCCCCCCCCACAACGCCCCGUUCCUUCCUCCCUUUCUCUCAAGCAGUUACAGCUCAGAAACAGACAACAAAACUGGGAAAGCAGGCCUUCUGCUUAAUUUUCUUUCCCCCUUGACUGUGUCCAGAGAGAGAAAAGUACCAUAAAAUAGACUCCAGAUCUCUUACUGCCCUCAUUCCUCUGCCUCACUUCUUUAACAAGGCCUGAAAGUUGCAAAGGGAGCCCUAAGUUAAUUGCUUAGUUGUGGAUACUGUUCUUUUAGGCUAACUCUGACAUCCCCACCCCUUUUCCCUAUCCAUUCUACUAAAACCUGUUUCUUGAGCUUUAAUUUGAGAAGCUGGGACAGAGAGAAGGGCCUCAUAGUGAGCAAGAGGUGAGCUAAAAGGAACCAAAACUUAGCUUCACUCCACUUUUCUAAAGGUGGAAAUUCUUUUUUUGGCCAUAGACUGCCUAAAAAUGACCCAGGGUAGCAUUUUGUAUGUCACCCCUGUCCUCUGUACUACUUGAUUACUGUCCUGAUGUCCCACGGGCCUCCAAUCCUAUUGCCUGGCUUUUGUGGCCCUCAGUUCUCAGCUUCUGCAUUGCCUUCCCUGCUUCUAUCCUAAUAAAUGAGACUGCAGGCUGCAGUCUGCAUUGGGGGAGAUCUCAAGCCUCUUCCUAGGGGUAAGGGGAUGUGGAAUCGUCUGGAUUUCCAGGACAAGUUCCAGUAGGUGGGACAGGGCUGUCUUGGUUGUGAGGAUGUAUGGUGGUCUUGAUGACCAUGCACCUCACCCUUUCUCCUUCUGAAGGCCUUGCUCUGAGCUCCCUAAAGAUUUAGGUGGUCUGGAUACCAGCAGUGGAGAGGGUGCUCUAGGCUGGGGAAAUUGAGUAAAAGCCCAGAAGCAGUAAUGAGCCUGCUGUGAAGUGGGCUGGGAAAGGCAGACAGGAAAGACUGAAACCCUGCAGGAUCCGGGGUUGGAAGGGAGGCCCCUGAGGCACUUCCCACCGUAAAGGUAGGAGAAUAAAAGUGGUUGAGGUUUAAAUGGAUGUCUGGAGGAGGUUUUCCUCCCAUUUUUCACAACUCCUUGAAUUCACCAUUAGAUUUUUGUAAAGAAAAUGCAAAGCUGUAUGUUUUAUUCAAGGAGUAACCUUUAUAUAUGUGGAAGAUUAAUGGUAUAUGCCCUUUAUUUCACUGUUUUUGAGUAAAAUCCUAUUAUUUCUCCAUUUCAGCCUACUGGCAAAAUUGAUGUUUACAGGCCUGCUUUUUGCUUGUAAUUGAGAACAUGUACAAAAAUUUCAAAUUUAUGUCCUGUGCAGUAUGAAGACUUCAGUGAAUAUUCAUUAAUAGCUUGUUCUGGUCUC